AUGGGUGUUACUAUCGAUACUAUUGCUCCUGGUGACGGAAAGAACUUCCCCAAGAAGGGUGAUACUGUCACCAUGCACUACGUUGGUACUCUCACUAACGGUAAGAAGUUCGACUCUUCCCGUGAUCGCAAUCAACCUUUUGUCACUCAAAUCGGUGUCGGACGUGUCAUCAAGGGUUGGGAUGAAGGUGUCCCUCAAUUGUCCCUCGGUCAAAAAGCCAGAUUAACCUGUACAUCUGAUUACGCUUAUGGCGACCGUGGUAUUCCUGGUGUUAUCCCUGAAAAGGCUACCUUGAUCUUCGAAGUUGAACUUCUCAAGAUCAACUAA